AUGGGCUCCAAGAUACCAGACUUGCCUACUCAGAAACAUGUUAAGUUGUCUUUUAAACAGCUACGCCCACACCGCACUGAAAUUGAUCCCAAUGCAACUCCUGUUUUAUUUUUACAUGGCCUCUUUGGUUCUAAAUUGAGCUUUAACAAAGCAGGCCGUCAUGUGAGUGAACUUUCUAAACGACCGGUUUUUGCAGUCGAUUUGAGAAAUCAUGGGGAUUCUCCUCACGCAUUACCGCACACAUAUAUCCAAAUGGCUCAUGACGUCUCGCAAUUUAUUGAGGAAAGAAAUUGGGAAGAAUGUGUUUUGGUUGGCCAUUCAAUGGGUGCCAAGGUUUCAAUGUUGGUAAGUUUACUUAAACCAAAUGUUAUUUCUAAAUUGAUUGUCGUUGAUAACACUCCACACUCAAUGGUUUUGGGAGACGAAUAUGCCAAUGGCUUGUUGGGAAUGUGUGAGGUAGAGACAAGGGCAAGCGAGUUUCGGAAAGAAAACGACAAAGACCAAAUGGUUGUGAAUUUCAAAGAGGUUAGAGAUUUUCUAUCCAACUAUGAAGCAAAUGAUCUGAUGCGCUCUCUACUUGUGAGCAACCUUGUGCACAAGUCUAAAGACUUUGAAGUAUUAAAAGCCACGGGGCAACUCAGGGAGAUGUUUAAAGUUCCCGUGAUGAACUUCUGGAAACACAAUGUUAUCGAAGCCAUGGGUUCAUGGCCAGAUGACUUUCAAUUUGUCAAAAAGUAUGAUAAACCUGUGCUUGUAAUGUAUGGGAAUAGAUCUGAAUUUGUCAAGCCAGAGUAUUUCCCUUUAUUUGAAAAUUACUUUGACCAACUUCAGUUUGAAGAAUUUGAUUCAGGGCAUUGGAUUCUGCAAGAGCAGCCUACUAAAUUCGUGAAGUCUGUUUUGGAUUUUAUCUCUGAGUAG